AUGGAAGAAUCUGCCGCCAGAGUGUCGGACACCGACAGUGCCUCAAAUGUACCUUCUCUAUCACUCUUGAGCAAGACUCAACCACAGACUUUCAUAGCACCUCUCAAGAAAAUCAAUGAAGGCCAUGACGUUUCUGCAUUUCUUGUAUCAAAAGCCUAUGGCGAUAUCAUGACAUUCCUACUCGAGCUCAAUCGGGCAAUGUUUCCCUCACACAUUAAUGAUGGUUCUACAUCAGGUCAAAAACGAGUCCAAACAUGGGACCUGGGUUGCCAAGCCGUAGAAUUCUCAGAGACCGUGCAAAAGCUCAGACGCCUGCUUGAAGCUCUCGAUCGUAUCAUAGGUGAGGUACCGCCAGACCCUGGUCCACGUCGGUUUGGCAAUGCAAGUUUCAAGAAAUGGUAUCAGACCGUCGAGGAGCAAACCUCAGAUCUUUUGAAAUCCCAUCUACCCGAGUCCACUCUGCAGCAUCCACAUGAGUCAGAAGUCAAAGCUGAAGCGGAACUCUCUUCCUAUUUUCUCGGCAGCUUCGGCUCAUCGCAGCGCCUCGACUAUGGAUCCGGCCACGAGCUCUCCUUUCUCGCAUUCUUAGGCUGUAUAUGGAAACUCGGUGGCUUCAGCUCCUCCAAUGAACACUCUACCUCGGGCAACGAAGAAAGAGCCAUAGUCCUCGGCCUCAUUGUCCCUUACCUCUCAUUAAUACGUCGCCUCAUCCUAACCUACACCCUCGAACCCGCCGGCUCCCACGGCGUCUGGGGCCUGGACGACCACUCCUUCAUCCCCUACAUCUUCGGCAGCGCCCAAUACGGCCCCGCCAUAUCCCCCAGCGACCAAACACCGAUCGAAGGAUCCCGCCCCGACGCCCCAGAUCCCGCAGACGUAGCCAAAACCGCCGCCGUCAAGAGGCAAAGGCACCAGAACAUGUACUUCGACGCCAUCGGCUUCAUCCACGAUGUCAAAAAGGGACCGUUCUGGGAGCAUUCCCCGAUGCUCUACGACAUCUCCGGCAUCCGCACGGGCUGGGGCAAAAUCAACAAAGGCAUGAUCAAAAUGUACAAUGCAGAAGUCCUGUCAAAGUUCCCCGUCGUGCAGCACUUCCCCUUCGGCUCCCUCUUCAGCUUCGACCAAGACCCGGACGCCACGCCUCCGCCCACUUCCGUACACGCGGCCAAUCAGCCCGUACGAGACGGAUUCGGCUCAUCAGCAGCCGACAAAGUGGCCGCCCCUCGCGCACCACCUCAACCAGGCACCCAAGCGCCGGCGGCAAGCCAAGCAGCGAGCGUGCCGGGUACAGCAGCGCCGCCGACGAGCAAAGGCCCCUCCAAGCCUAGCCCCGCCGUCGGCACCACAGCGCCGUGGGCGAGGGGCCCUACGGCAAUGAUCGAUCCGGCAGAGGGCGCGGCGACUCGACCGGCACCCAGAGGAACGCCCCCGUCCGGUGCCGAGUCAGGGACGGUGGCGCCGUGGGCCAGUAGGCAACCAGCAGCCACCGGUGCAGCUUCACCGCCGACGAGGUUCCCUCAGCCGGGCCCCGGACCGACGCCCGCAGAUGGGGGGAUACCUCCAGCGGCCGAUUCCGCCGCGGCGCGGUCGAUGCCUCCGCCAACGAGAGCACCGUGGGCGAAGCCGCCGUGA